AUGACGAAUUGCUCAAUUUUGAAUGAAACAAAGGAAAUUAACAACUUAUCAAAUAUUAUUACAAUCCAUCCAUUUUUAACACCAUACAAUAUAGAGUACAAAUUCUUUAGUUCAGUUCAACCUCGAAAUGAGAAUUUUGUAAACAAAAAUCAAAGAAUUGAAAUAAGAUAUGCAUCAGUAUCAGAGUGUAUCAUCGAACAAUGCAAAUUUAUUUCAAUUAAACAUGAUCACGUUGGUGGUGCCGUAAAGAUUGUGGCAUCACAAAUAAAUGGAAUUAUAGAGAAUUCUUUAUUCAAUGAUUUGACAACUUAUUCUUUAUAUAACCCUGUUGAUGGAGCUGGAAUCUUUUUAUCUACAAUGACAGGUAGUUUAUCACUCAAAAAUGUUUGCGCUUUCAGAUGUGCUGCUUUGGAUUCAAGUCAUUUUAUAUUUGGAAAUAUUAGAGAUUGCUUAAAUUCUUCAUUUUCUUUGAAUGAUUGUUCUGUUGGCCAAUGUCCAGGAGAAUUAGAUUAUAUGGGACAGACAAUGGAAAUACAUUCUCCUGCUGUCAUAGAACAUUGUAAUAUCUCUCAGAAUUCGCCAAAUAGAUUUGCUGUUUUUGAUAACUUCGAUCCAAGAUCGACAAAUGAAAGCUAUUUGUCAGUUAUUCUUAGGGUUUUAGUUUAUAAUAAUUCAGUUGAAAGUCAUGGUUUGAUUAACUGUCCAUCAGCUAUGAUUGUUAGCCAAGUUAACUUUAUAAAUAACUAUAACUUGGCUAGUAAUAUAACAGAGAUAUUCACUUAUUAUAUCAACCUUUCUCUGUCAAAUAUUUAUUAUGAAAAUAAUUAUAAUUUUAAUGUCUCACAUUCUGAUACAGAAAAUAUCUUGAUUUUUGAUGAUUACUGCUCAGAAAAACCUGGUUCCAAUAAGAAUUGGACACCUUUGAUCAUUUCCUUAUCAAUAUUAGGUGUUAUUUUAGCAUCAAUCAGUAUUUUUGCUUGUUUCCGUUUACAUAAAAGAUUCCAAAAGAUUGAAAAUAGAAUUGAACUCGAGAGGUCUUUAGUCACAGACUAUGGAUAG